AUGCGUCUGAGCCCCAUCUUUAUUGGCGUCGCCGCUGCGAUCACUGCUAGUAGUUGCGCUGUCUCUACUAGCACGUUGACUCAACACUUUUCCGCGGGCCUCCCAGCUUCGGUACAGCCAGUUGAUACAGCCAUCCAAAAGAGUGCGAGGUUCCUGAGAAGUCCUGAAACUGAAGAAGAGGAGAGGGGUAGAUACGACUUUCCUUUCCUGGUGUCUGAAGGUGCAGCCAGAGAGAUGGCCAAACGAAUUUCUGACAACCUGGACUCCACCCUGAUGAGCAGACUUAGCGCAAUCUCUAACGGUAAAACCAUUUUGAAUCGAUGGAGAAAUGAAGGUCUCUCUCUUGCCGAGGUUAAGCCUCUUCUGAAGGAAGCUGGUAAAUGGGGCGAUACCUCCGAACGGGCAGUCUACAAGCUGCUCAAGAGCGAAGGACUCUCGUAG